GAAAUUGUCAAAGCAAAAGGCAUAGGAGUGAAAUCGGGAGGAAUAAGAAGUACAUACACUCUGUUCUCAUGAACAGCAUUGGCAGACUUAGGGUUUAUUUUUGAGUAGCCUAUCAGGAAAGGCAUACUCUUUAAGCCAAAGGACUAAUUUUUUUAAAAAGAUGUUUUUAAAAACCAGGUUUAAAGAGCGUUCCCAUUUAAAUAUUGUCUUUGCUUGGCUUAAGGCUGGCGUGCACCGUGACCUGCACAAACUGUGCCUGCGAUAAUAACCGACGCUAACGGGGAGGCAAUGUAUAUCAUCUUGGCAGAGUUGUUUUUCAGAGCAGUCCAGAUCCGCAAAAUCAAGAGAGCCGCUUCACUGUGUCAGAGGCAAGGAUGUUGAAGCAUAUUGGAAAGUACUGUUGUUAUUAUUAUUGACGUUGUUGUUAUGUUUUUGCAGAGGCCUGCUUUGAUGGGUGAAAGAAGACCAUCAGCAAACCCCAUUCUUGUCCCGAGGGCUCCCCGACUCUUCUGGGGGAGCUCCUGGCCGGGAGCCUGCGACAGGGAGGCACCUGCACCCGUAGGUGGCGCCCCACGUCCGUGCUUGUGCGUCUCGCCCGCGCUCUCCGCGGAGCCAGACACCGGCGCUUUUCCCCAGGUCGCUGGAGCUCGGCAUUUUAAUAAAUAGGCGCGAGUGCCAGUGCGCUCCAGCAGCCCCGAGGUUCGGAGGAGCAGGCACACCAGCCCGGGCGGGAUGCGCCUCUCCCAGCCCUGCCCAACCUGGACAUUUCCCAACCUGGAGAUCCCGGGACCGCAGCGUUCGAGCCAUUAAAACCCCGCGUUUUUCUCUCCACCCUUCCCCCCCACCUUUUAUUGUUUAACUGUUUUGCUUUUCUUGUUUUGUUUUGUUUUGUUUUCUUUUUUUUUUUUGAUUUUUUUGUUUAUUUUCUUAAUUAUGAAAGUGGUCACGCUAUUCAGUAUUAAGACUUGGAGGGAAUUUGGAAAAGAAAAGAAAGAAUCAAAAAGAAGAGACGCGCCCGGUGCUUUCGAGGGUGCCUGAUUUUGAGGAGAGCCGUCUGGGAGGACUGCGCUCUGGGUUUUGGGUCCGCUGGCGCCUUUCUUCUGAAGACGACCCUGGCCUUGGCCGUCAGAGCAGGGGACCGAGGCCAGAGGAGGCUACCCCGGGCCCCGCGCGUUCCCGCGCGCGCCCCCGCCCGCCCCCGCGCGCCGCGGCCCCUCCGCCUGGAUGCGGGCGCCCGGCCGGGGCCGCCGCGGGCCGUCGCUGACCAUGCCCGGGCGCCGGGGGGCGCUGCGCGUGCCGGCCGGCGGCGGCUCGGGGCUGGGGGCGGCGCUGGCCCUGCUGCUGCUGCUGCUGCCCGCCGGCUGCCCCGUGCGGGCGCAGAACGACACGGAGCCCAUCGUGCUGGAGGGCAAGUGCCUGGUGGUGUGCGACUCCAGCCCGUCGGCCGACGGCGCCGUCACCUCCUCCCUGGGCAUCUCCGUGCGCUCCGGCAGCGCCAAGGUGGCCUUCUCCGCCACGCGGAGCACCAACCACGAGCCGUCCGAGAUGAGCAACCGCACCAUGACCAUCUACUUCGACCAGGUGUUAGUAAAUAUUGGCAACCAUUUCGAUCUUGCCUCCAGUAUCUUCGUAGCCCCCAGAAAAGGGAUUUAUAGUUUCAGCUUCCACGUGGUCAAAGUGUACAACAGACAAACCAUCCAGGUCAGCCUCAUGCAGAACGGCUACCCAGUGAUCUCAGCGUUUGCAGGAGACCAGGAUGUCACCAGAGAAGCCGCCAGCAACGGGGUUCUGCUUCUCAUGGAAAGGGAAGACAAAGUGCAUCUCAAACUGGAGAGGGGCAAUCUCAUGGGGGGCUGGAAAUACUCCACCUUCUCUGGCUUCUUGGUUUUUCCUCUAUAAACGCAGAGCCCCACUGGGACAGUAGGGAAGCUUCUGGACCCAGGAAUCCAAUGCUUCUGGACCCAGGAAUCCAAUGUGAGAACACCCUGAACUUGCCAGAAUGUGACACUUGUUCCCGACCUCCCGUCAGACUGUCACCGUAGAGGAACGACUUCUUUCUCAAUCUCCAGUACUUUCUUUGAAUAUUGACAAUUCCUCGGGAACCUGGCCUCUAAUUAGUUUUAGAUGACAAGGUCUUAAGGAGAAAUGAAAUUAUCAAUUUGAGCAAUUUGUACCUGUGAUUGUGAAGUCAAUACCGGAUCUUGUUGUUGGGACCACUGCCUUCUCCUCUUUUGUUUGUGCGUUUUGUGUUGUACUGAAGCCGGGAACACAGCUGCCCCAGGAUGCGCUGGACGGCAGGCUGCAACCAACCCCCCGCCGGAUCCGUCCUCCAAGUGCGUGCCGGGAGUGUCUGCAGAGCCUUAAGAAAAAGGAUGGCUUCACUUUCAACCUGUAUUUUUUAUUUUUUUCCGCGGGUGGAUGGGAGGACUCGGGAGGGGGCUGGGAACAUUGUGAACUUGUCAAGAAGUGCUUUAUCCAGAGAAGCAGAUUUUGCACGAUUGGACUGCGACUUUUGUUUUGUAUUGUUUGUGUUUUCUUUUUUCCUCAAAAAGCUUUACUUUCCUUUCCAAACUCAGCUCUCCCCCUAAGUCCCCACUGUUACUUUUCGUGCUGAGGGUAGAAAAACGUAUGUCAAAUUCAUGGAUGCGACUAAACCCAACCCAACAAAACAUACCUGUAUGUUUUGUUUUGGGUGAGACCAAACCAAACAAACAAAAAAUACUUGUAUAUCAAGACAAAAAUAACAGAUGGACCUGUUUAUUCUUUCAAAAUGAUUCUCUUCAAAUGCGUAUUUAGAACUAGCAGCCUGGAAUUUUUUUCUAUUUACAAUCCAGAAUACUUUAAGAGUCUGGCAUUUCUGGGUGGGCCUGAAUCAUGUAACGUGGGCUUGGAAGCUCUAAUGCCCCAAUGCCCAACCCCCUAAUCACCCUGUUUCUUUGCUGAAGGUGCCUGGUGACUUCUCAGCAGUUUGUUUCCAUUUGUGGAGACCCACCUCCGAGUGAGCACAUUGAUCAGGUCCUUCAAAAGGGGUUGGACUGGCUCCUCUCUCUGUGGAGUCCUCUUUUGAUGUGCCAAGGAAAGGGCCAAGGAAAGGGGCGCCUUCACACUGCCCCGCAUGUCGUGGCGGGAAGCCGCUCGGAAGUCACAGCCGUUACAGGUACCCUAGGAGCAGCUUUACAACUUGAUUUGACAACCUUCUAUGAUGUUACCAAGUUACAGCUCAGAGUUAACGGGUGCAGGAUUCAUACGCCAAGGAAAUGUCACUCAAUCCCAAAGCAAUUCAAGAUGAGACCUCAAACCGGGUGUUCAUUUGUCCUUUGUGUAACAAUGUAACCAAAAUAUUGAUGAUAAAAAUCCUAAUUUAAGAUUCAGAAUAAAUGGGUUUGAUGUCUGGCUUGCUCUU